ACGUAUUUAUUCAACGAUUGCAAAUGCAAAUAUUCUCCUCUCUCUCUCUCCCUCUCCCCUGUCUCUCAAAAGAGCCCUAGAUAUCCUCUUCGCCGGGGUUUGGACAUUCACCCCACCUCCGAGAUCUCCUCGUUGUCUAGGGUUAGGGUUCCGUUCCGGAUCCCGACCCUUUUCCUCUUCCCCCUCCCGUCAUCGAUUCCUCUACGAUGGAUUCGAGCGCGCGGUGUUGAUCGAGAGCUUCGUGUUCUACGUCGGUCAUGGUGUAGAGCUUCGGAUUGGGCAGUGUCUGCGGAGGGAUCGUGAUCCUUGGGGGUGAUAAUGGCGAGUGGUGUAGCGAUGAGCGCGGAGCUGGAGCAGCUCGACGGGGAGAUCCAAGACAUCUUCCGAGCCCUCCAGAAUGGAUUCCAGAAGUUGGACAAGAUUAAAGACGCUAAUAGGCAGUCUAAGCAUUUGGAGGAGCUAACUGGACAAAUGAGGGAGUGUAAGCGUUUAAUCAAAGAAUUUGACCGCGUAUUUAAGGAGGAGGAGAGUCGAAACCCUCCUGAUGUCAAUAAACAGCUUAAUGAAAGGAAGCAAUCCAUGAUAAAAGAGCUAAACUCGUAUGUCGCCUUGAGAAAAACAUAUCAGAGUAGCCUUGGUAAUAAGAGAGUUGAACUCUUUGACAUGGGUGCCGGAGGCAGUGAUGCUGUACCUGAUGACAAUGUUCGACUGGCUUCAGAAAUGUCUAAUCAAGAGCUUAUUGAUGCUGGAAGGAAGAAGAUGGAUGAGACUGAUCAAGCUAUUGAACGCUCAAAAAUGGUUGUUGAGCAAACUAUUGACGUUGGAGCUCAGACUGCUGCAAACCUUAAGGGACAAACUGAACAAAUGGGUCGCAUUGUCAAUGAACUUGAUACUAUUCAGUUCUCGAUUAAGAAGGCUUCUCAACUGGUGAAAGAGAUUGGUAGGCAGGUGGCUACUGAUAAAUGCAUUAUGUUUUUCCUGUUUUUGAUCGUUUGUGGUGUUAUUGCAAUCAUCAUUGUGAAGAUUGUACACCCAAACAACAAGAACAUCAGAGAUAUACCUGGAUUGGCACCACCAGCUCCGACCACAAGGCGACUGCUAUCUGCAGAAGCCUUUCAAGGCUUUUAAUGAUAUUUGCCAAUUGGCCCGCCGUCGUUCUCUCCACAUGUAUAUGCUUUGAUUAUAAUCAGAAAUUGCAGAUUUUAAAAUCAACAGAGUCGAUGAGCCAUCUCAUAGCCUGCAAUUCUUUAUCGAUGUAUGAUAUUACGUUGUCUUGUUGUUAUUGUUUCUGGGGUUGUUCUUACGGCUCGUGGAUUGAUGGUUAGUUUGAGAUUUUAGGUUGUAUUUCUCUUCUCGGUGUUGUAAUUUCUCCCGCUUUUUGUUAUGUAUAUGAAAUAGAGGUGGAUUUAUUAUAUACACAGCGUCCGUGAAGCUAUUAAGAUUGUGUGAUCUUAAAUUA